UAAAUCGCCUGUUGUUUCUUUAAGUAAAAGUAUUUCAUACAGAGGCUACUUAUUUCACAUACAGUGGAUUAUAAAAACUUUAGGCAAACGAUGCACUCGCCCCCCCAAAAAGGUUUGGCUACAAAUAAAAGCCGCGACAGCCCGGGCUCAUCCAUCGUGUUCUAGAACAAGUCCGUGCAGCUCCGCAGCGGUCGCGGUCGUACCGGUACCGGGGCGUAGCAGAGAGACCGUGGCACACCGACAGCAGACGACCACCAUGAUCGCCUUCAAACGACCCCGGGCUGCCUCUCGUUUCACCACAACCUUCAGCCGCGUGAAACAUCCGCCUGCAGCAGCAGUUAAAUGAGGCUGGCCUUUCUGAGGGUAUCUCAGUUCACUGCAGCUACAGGCAUGGAAGAGUUGGACUCCACCCGUCUCCUAUCUUUGAUAGUUGCUCUCACCAUCUUCUCUGAUGGCAUAGAAGGUAGAAACAUAAUAAACUGCCGCAAGUAUUUUCACAAACACCAGAAGCGUUCGGAGGAGGGCUACUCGUUUGUGCAGGGCUACCAGGUGACUCCAACAGACGAGGAGAGAGAGAAGCAUUGCCAGGUCUACUCCACAACCCCCCCGCCUCUGGGCCCCUGGGAACCCCCUGUCUCCAGAGGGGACGGAGACCUCAUCCCUCCGUACCCCCACCCUGCAACGCCCCUUCCCGGCCCUGUUCAGAAGCACCCGCCCAGAGCCUACGCCGUCUACCCCCUGGUCAUCGAUGUAGCGGCUGGGAGAAUGUUCUCCGCCGCCAGGCUGCGGGGUGUGAGGAGGGGGCUGUUCCACCGGCUCCCGGUCGGAGCAGGAGAUGGCGGCGUGUCCGGGAGCCUGCUCAGUAAACUGACCCCAGCGGGCUCAGGCCAGCGCUGGACUGACAUCCGCUCUCUGGCUUCUCUCCUGAGGGAGGGGGGCGCUAAAUACACCUCCCCUUUGGUGGUGAUGGGGACACCUGUGAACCUGACAGCCCUGAUAGCGAGGGGGAAGGUGGAGGUGAGCAGGGGGUUCUCCAGGCCUGUUGUUCUAGCCAAACAGGCGCUCGCCGUCCCGCUGCCCAGUGGGGUGUUCCGCUGGUGUUCCUCCCGGCUCGGGUUCUUCCUGAGACCAGCGGGUAGGUGCCGUUCUGCAGGGGGGAACGAAAGUCUGGAGAACCAGAAGCAAAAUCAGACCCAGAACCCAGACCCUCAAGACCCAGACCCGAGACCCACCAGACCCAGACCCUCAAGACCCAGACCCUCAAGACCCAGAACCCAGACCCUCAAGACCCAGACCCGAGACCCUCAAGACCCAGACCCUCAAGACCCUCAAGACCCAGACCCCAGGACCAGAUAUGGAGGAUAUGGCUCCAAUUUCCUUUAACUCAGUUAAUGUGUCUGGUCAAGGCUGAAAGGUCUAUUUGACUGAUGUCUCUAUGGUUUCACAUAUUCAGAGAUGUGGUUAAGGCCAGUAAAAUUGUUCAUUUGUAAUAAAUGAAU